AUGCCUCCAGAGACCAUUGCUGUGCACUGUGUAGCGGGUCUUGACGGGGAGCUCAUUGUGCUGGCACGGGCCCUUCUCGAGUACGGCGGGGUGCCGCCGCUGGGGGCGGUUGGCUAUGCGCGGGAGCGGCGUAAGGGUGUGAUAAAUCAAGUGUAUCUCAAGCUGGCUGAUGCGCUACAAGCCGCGGCACAACAAGAGCCAGGAGGUGUCUCUGGCAUGCGCGAAGUAUGUGCUAAUGCGGGCUGGGCACACAUGCUUAUAUGGUGA